CUGCUCUGCUGUCCUCUGCCGUCGGGUCGCUGAUGAUGCCGCGCGGAGCGGGGCGCUCGUACGUUACUGUGUGCCGCUACAACCGCAGUUCCCCAGAUUGAAGUCGGAUGAAACGGGAGAGGAGGCUGAAAUAUAAUGAUGGAUCAUCGGAGCUCUUCCUCAUCGCUUGGACAGCUGUAACGUCGGCGGACACGCGCUUGGAUUCAUCAAAGGGUCGACGUUCAGGACUCCACUUUGUUUGACAUUCAGCCCGGGACAGGAUGAUCGAGGAAGGCAGUAAACGAGGCAAGGCCAUGGUGGAGAAGAGACAGCUCUUCAUGGAAAUGAGAGCUCAAAACUUCGAUGUAAUCAGACUGUCGACUUACAGAACUGCCUGCAAACUCCGAUUUGUGCAGAAGAGAUGCAACCUUCAUCUGGUGGAUGUCUGGAACAUGAUCGAAGCGUUUCGUGACAACGGGCUGAACACAUUGGACCACAACGCUGAGAUCAAUGUGUCGCGCCUGGAGACGAUCCUGUCUUCUAUCUACUACCAGCUCAACAAGCGGCUGCCCACCACACAUCAGAUCAAUGUGGACCAGUCCAUCGGGCUGCUGCUCAACUUUAUGGUGGCCACCUAUGACAGUGAGAGCCAUGGGAAGCUGACAGUGUUCUCAAUGAAAGCCAUGUUAGCAACAAUGUGUGGAGGGAAAAUAGUGGACAAACUACGCUAUAUUUUCUCGCAGAUCUCUGACUCAAGUGGAGUCAUGAUGUUUGCAAAGUUUGAUCAGUUUCUGCGGGAGGUGCUGAAGCUCCCCACAGCCGUGUUCGAGGGCCCUUCUUUCGGUUACACGGAGCACUCGGUGCGGACGUGCUUCCCCCAGCAGAAGAAGAUCAUGCUGAACACAUUUCUAGACGUGUUGAUGGCAGACCCUCCCCCUCAAUGCCUCGUAUGGCUACCACUCAUGCACAGACUUGCUAAUGUUGAAAACGUCUUCCAUCCUGUGGAGUGUUCAUAUUGCCGCAGCGAGAGCAUGAUGGGUUUCCGGUAUCGGUGCCAGCAGUGCCAUGGCUACCAGCUUUGUCAGAGCUGCUUCUGGCGUGGCCAUGCUAAUGGUCCCCAUAGCAACCAGCACCAGAUGAAGGAGCACUCAUCGUGGAAGUCGCCGGCCAAAAAGCUGAGCCACGCCAUCAGUAAAUCUCUGGGCUGUGUCCCCAUUGGAGAGCCGCCGCAUCCUGUGUUCCCCGAGCAGGCGGAGAGGCCGCAGGAGCUCACCCACACUGUUCAGCCGAAACCAGUGGCCAACAACAUGAACGACACAAUGCUCAUGUCCUCCGGGGCACCCACUCCCACCAAAAGUGUCUUGGAGAGUCCAAGCCGGUUAGAUGAAGAGCAUCGCCUCAUCGCUCGCUACGCUGCCCGCCUGGCAGCUGAGGCGGGAAACUCCACACAACAAUGUCCUCCAACAGAUCUGAGUUUCAACUUCGAUGCAAAUAAGCAACAGAGACAGCUGAUUGCAGAGCUGGAGAACAAAAACAGGGAGAUCCUCCAGGAGAUCCAGCGGCUGCGUUUGGAGCACGAGCAGGCCUCUCAGCCGACCCCAGAGAAAGCCCAGCAGAACCCCACACUUCUGACCGAACUACGGCUCCUCAGGCACAGAAAGGACGAGCUGGAGAGGCGCAUGUCGGCACUGCAGGAGAGCAGACGUGAGCUGAUGGUGCAGCUAGAGGGACUUAUGAGGCUGCUGAAGGAUGAGGAGCAGAAGCAGGCUUCCCAGUCUGGAGGCUCCCCUCAUUCUUCCCCCAGUCACGGUGCGGGCUGCUCCAUGCCUAUGCCCAUACGCUCCACCUCAGCUGGGUCAACCCCGACUCACACACCACAGGACUGCCUGGCAGGGGUGGGAGGGGAUGUGCUCGAGGCCUUCGCUCAGGGUGUACCUAGAAAUCUUCGGAAUGAUCUAUUAGUUGCUGCUGACUCAAUCACAAACACCAUGUCGUCACUGGUGAAAGAGCUCCACUCUGUUGAUGAUGGGGUGGAUGAAGAGGAGACCAUCAUGAGGAACGGUGGGGACAGAGGCACAGCGAGAGUACCGAAGCACUGAGGACAAGAAUAACACCAUUCCACCCUGUAAGGACAUACAGUCAUCAACUGGGAAGAAUCAGAAACAAGAACAACAUCCCCUGGCAUUAGCACGUAGAGUAAUGCAUGCUGUAAUCUAACAGGAUUUCACUA